AUGUCAGAGAAAACUACUUGUCUAUUGACCAAUCAGGAUGAUUAUCAUCACUUAAAGUUCAUUUUAUUGAUACACAUCUUUUCAGUGUGUAAUUUAACAAUGUCUACUGCAAUUCAAGCAAAUGAUAAUGAUGAUGUUUUAUUAACCGAAGAACCAUUAAGGAAACGUACAAAAUAUCUAAUGGACUCAGUGCAGACUAAAAAGACCGAGUUCGGUGUUCAUAAUAAGCCUGUAGAUGUAUUAAAAGAAGGAAAAAAUGUAAAGCCACAUUUAUCGAAUAUUUUAUCACCAUGUUCAGAAACAACACAGUCAUUUUUAAAUAUUUAUGAAAUGUCCAACAGUACGGAUACUACUUCCAGUUUAGGUAUACCAAGACGUAAUAUUUCAAACACUCACAUUAAUCAUCCAGAUGUAAACUAUGAUGAGGCUAAGUAUAACUGGUUGGAUUCGACUAACAGUCAUUCUCACUUAGAUGAUGAACAGGGAUUUACUCAAUCAAAAUCUGAUUUAUCAAACUGCCAAAUAUCUUCUGCAAGUGCCCAGGAAUCGAAUUCCCAUGAAAUACUUAAUUCUGAUUCCACAGCAACAAUGGGUAAUCACCCUCGCCAUUAUCAACAUUCAGAACCGUUACAAGCUGUACGUGCUGAGUCACUGGCUGAAGUCAGUCAGACUUUAACAUCUACAUCAUCAGUUUCUGUUGUUUCGGACACUUCUUCAGAUAAUUCUAAUGGUUGUAUGCAGAUAAGCAAGAUGUCAUUGCCAAGUUCUACUUAUUCGAAUCUUCAACGAUUUCUAGCCAAUGAGAAUUGUUCAAAUAAUGAUUCUUUAUUGACUUUGAAUAAUGAGUCAGGGCAUAAUCUGUCUAAUACAUCACCAGCUGAUCAAGUAAUAUCCACGCCAUCUUUUUGCCAGUACACACCGACACAAUCGUCAACAUCAUCUGGAAAGGCAUUCACAUGCAUAACAAAAAUGAUACCACAAACAGAAAGUGAACCUCAGACUAAAUCAAUGAACAAAACAGUUUCCAACGCAAAUUUGAUUUCUAUGUUCACAGAUUACAAAGAAGGUGACUUCAGUUCACCAACAUGUGUUAACAGCUCAUGUGAUCUAUCGGAGGUUUCAGUUUCCUCAUCGUCUAGUUGUCCUGAAACAACAAAUCCGAUGAAAUAUUGCUAUUUUUCACCAGUGUUUACCACUUCUAGUAGCAGAGAAAAUCAGUGUGUUCCUUCCAGAGAACCAUGGGUAGCUAAUGGAGACAUUUCUACUGACUCCAGCUAUGACAAUUCACACAGUCAGUAUCGUCAACAGCAGCAACCACAACAGCACUUUCAACAGUCUUAUGUUCUACAUUCUAAUAAUCCUCGUCAUCAUGGUCACACUAGUCAGGAUGAAUUAAUUAAUUAUUCGAGUGCUGAGCUUCAACAAGAAGACACAUCAACACAUUCGAAUCAAAUGCUACUGUACGACUUAUAUGGUGGUUUAGAUUCAGCAAGCGAGACUCCACAUAUUCAACACCACAAUCAGCCCCACCAUCAUCAUCAUCAUCAUCAACAACAGCAACCACAAACACCAUCGCAACUGACAUCACAGCACCAGGAGUAUCAGUUAGGCGUGAAUUAUAAGAGUGUACCAAAAUCAGAAGACAAAUUCACAAGAAUAUUUGUUUGGGAUUUAGAUGAGACGUUGAUUAUAUUUCAUACUUUGCUCACUGGCUAUUAUGCCCACAGAUAUGGCAAGGAUCCUGCAGUUGCUGGUGCCUAUGGUUUACGUAUGGAGGAAUUAAUUUACAACUUGGCCGAUACUUAUUUAUUUUAUAAUGAACUAGAGGAAUGCGAUCAAGUACACAUUGAUGAUAUACGCGGAGAUGACAGUUGUCAAGAAUUGGCGGACUGUGGUUUCGAUUCUGAAGGGUAUGGAAACAAUUCGUCUGCAAUAUCACAGUCGGUUGUUUUACCUUCGUCAGGUUAUGCACCAGUCGCAUCUUCACUAAACAACUCAUCACCAUUAGGUACUGUCGGUGGCAUUCCAUCUCCAUCGUCAUCAAUACUACAUGGGAUUGGAGAAGUAACUAGUGGAGCUAAUACACCCAGUCUACAUGGUGGUAUUGAGUGGAUGCGUAAAUUAGCUUUCCGUUAUCGUCGCAUACGUGAAAUUUAUAACUGUUCAAGGCACAAUGUUGGCGUUCUUUUGGGUUAUCCAAAGGCAAGUCAUUGGUCUACGUUAAGAAAUAAUCUUGACAUUCUAACUGAUCACUGGUUAAGCUUAGCCACAAAAGCAACAGAGAAAAUAGCGAAUCGUGAUGACAGUGUUAACAUACUCGUAACAACAACACAAUUUAUACCAUCACUGGCUAAAAUUCUACUUUAUGGAUACGGGAAUUCAUUUCGUAUUGAAAAUAUUUAUUCGGCGACUAAAGUUGGGAAGGAAAACUGUUUUGAAAGAAUUUCAUCUCGAUUCGGCAGGAAAUGCACUUAUGUAGUUAUUGGUGAUGGAAAGGAAGAGGAGGAAGCCUCUAAACAGUUUCAUUGGCCAUUCUGGAGAAUAAAUACUCACUCAGACUUGGUCGCUUUAAAUCACGCACUGGAUCUAGGCUAUCUAUAAGAAAACAGUCCACUUACUGCCG